GGGCGGCGGCUGGGCGUGGGGGAGGCGUGCGGCGAGUUGACCCCGAGAGCCCCGUGCGUGAGGGAGCGCCGAGCCAGGCGCUGCCAGCGGCCGUCAUGUCUGAAGACUCGAGCGCCCUGCCCUGGUCCAUCAACAGGGACGACUAUGAGCUGCAGGAGGUGAUCGGGAGUGGAGCAACUGCCGUGGUUCAGGCUGCUUACUGUGCCCCCAAAAAGGAGAGAGUGGCCAUCAAACGGAUAAACCUCGAGAAGUGUCAAACUAGCAUGGAUGAGCUCCUGUCCUCAGAAAUAAAGAGUUUUUGGCAGUGCCAUCAUCCUAAUAUUGUGUCUUACACGUCUUUUGUGGUAAAAGAUGAGCUGUGGGCUAGUCAUGAGCUGCUGAUGGAGGGUGAGUUCUGUUCGGAUAUUAUUAAGCAUAUUGUGGCAAAAGGGAACAUAAAAGUUGGAGUCCUAGAUUGAGUCCGACCCAUUGCUACAAUCCUUCGAGACAGUCCUGGGGGAUUGGCCCUGCAUAAGAAUGGGCAGAUUCACAGAGAUGUGAAAGCUGGAAACAUUCUUCUAGGAGAGGACGGCUCGGUGCAGAUCGCAGAUUUUGGUGUGAGUGCUUUUUUAGCUACUGGCGGUGAUAUCACCAGAAAUAAAGUGAGGAAAACAUUUGUUGGCACCCCUUGCUGGAUGGCACCUGAAGUUAUGGAGCAGGUUCGAGGCUAUGAUUUUAAAGCUGAUAUCUGGAGUUUUGGAAUUACAGCGAUUGAACUUGCCACAGGGGCAGCUCCUUAUCAUAAAUAUCCACCAAUGAAGGUUUUGAUGCUGACACUCCAGAAUGAUCCUCCCUCUUUGGAAACUGGUGUUCAAGAUAAAGAAAUGCUGAAGAAAUACGGAAAAUCAUUUAGAAAAAUGAUUUCACUGUGCCUUCAAAAGGAUCCAGAAAAAAGGCCAACAGCGGCAGAACUAUUGAGGCACAAGUUUUUCCAGAAAGCAAAGAAUAAAGAGUUUCUUCAAGAAAAAAUAUUACAGAGAGCACCUACCAUUUCUGAAAGAUCUAAAAAGGUUCGGAGAGUACCUGGCUCCAGCGGCCGUCUGCAUAAGACAGAGGAUGGAGGCUGGGAGUGGAGUGAUGACGAAUUUGAUGAGGAAAGUGAGGAAGGGAGAGCAGCAAUUUCCCAACUCAGGUCUCCCCGGGUGAAGGACUUACCGUCAAACUCUGAGCUCUUCUCAGCAGCUGACCCCAUGGGUACUCUGCUCCAAGUUCCAGAACAGAUUUCUGCUCAUCUACCUCAGCCAGCUAGCCAGAUGCCUACACAGCCUGAUCAAGUCUCUCUCCUGCCCCCUGCAGAGCCAGCAAAAACAGCACAGGCUCAGUCUUCAGGAGACUGCUCCCAGGAGACCAAGGUCCCUAUCAGUCUUGUGCUGAGAUUAAGAAAUUCCAAAAAGGAACUAAAUGAUAUUCGAUUUGAAUUCACUCCUGGGAGAGACACAGCAGAGGGUGUCUCUCAGGAGCUCAUUUCUGCUGGCCUCGUCGAUGGAAGGGACUUAGUCAUAGUGGCAGCUAAUUUGCAGAAAAUUGUGGAAGAACCUCAGUCAAAUCGAUCUGUCACUUUCAAACUGGCAUCCGGUGUUGAAGGUUCAGAUAUUCCUGAUGAUGGCAAACUAAUAGGAUUUGCCCAGCUCAGCAUCAGCUAAACUACAGUCCUGGAAGAGUCAGCCUAAGGAGGUGCCACACAUGCAUAUCUGUUGCUUCUGUUGGCCUGGACCUACAACUGCCAAAGAACCCAGCAACAAACUUCCCGGCUUGGAGCUUUAGAGUUUUUUAUUUAUGUUCUUCUUGCCAUCCUCCCCACCCCUUUUCCCUUAAGGAAAGAAAAGUUGGUUUACCAGUGGCCAGCAUCUCCUCAGAGAGUUCCGUUAGUAGAUAAGAUGCUCAUGUCCCCUCUCUUCCUCCAUCUGAGAGCAGCCAGCGUGCCUCAGGGCCCAGGAUGGAAAUCUCUCAGCUCAUUCUUGCCUUACUACAGCGAUGGCCCAAGUGGAUAGUAGAGCUGCAUUGGGCAUCCUCAUCUUGCCUGUUCUCCCACACCUGCUGGGACUUGAGCAUCUUGGGAUAGCUCUUUAACACUGAAGUAGCAAUUAAAAGUUGAUUGUUCCAGCUGGAGCCCAGAGAAUUUAAUUAGUGUUUUUUCUUUGUACCUGAUGAGAAUUCUAGCAACCUUUGUUAGGAAAAAGCACAGCCUCAGAUGGAGGCAGCCUAAACUCUUGUCUGUUGUGUUCAUGGUGUCUCUCUGCGUGUUUUGCUGAAGCUGUUCUCAGGCACCCCCUUCAUUGCUCCCUCCAGAAAGGGUUGCUAGCCUUAACUUCAGCUGGUGCAAAACAUCUGACAGCAGUCAGACUUCAGCCAUCUGCUCCUUCAAAGUGGAACUGUGGAUUGUUUUUGCAGAAAACAUCAAGCAAUGGCUUAUAACUCUUAUCUUGCCAGAGGCAGUUUUUGAACAAGAAAAGGAACUCAUAAGUCAUAGCAUUGGGAAAGUGUUUUCAAUUUUUAAAAAAUUAAACUGAAGAAAAACUGAUCCUUGAUCCUCCUGUGAAGACAGAUUUGCUAGGCCUCUACGUCAUGAGGAAAUGGGUGUACACAGCUGAGAUUUUCACAGCAAUAAAGGAGACUCAGCCUGGGUUAGAGGCCUGCCUUCUGCUCCUCUCCUGCACUGACUCCUUGGAGGGGCUCUUCAUUCCCAACAUGGAACAUGAAACCACACGUGCCGUGACCUUUAGGUUUUAUGAGUACACAGUGUUAAUUUGAUUUUCUACAGAAAUUAUGUAAAUUAUUCUUUAAUUUUAAAAAAACACUCAAUGCAAUAUGUGAAUAAUCAAUGGGGUUAGUUUUUCUUUUUUCCUACUGUUUAAUAGCAUUUGUCUAAUUGCUAGUAAGCCUACCAAGUUAACCAAAUUUUGUAUAACAAUGGAAUAGUCAGCCUGGCCUUAAAGAGACACACGAAAAUGGGCCAUGGGCCCUAGAAAGGGAAUAGUUAGUUGCCUUUUGUGGAAUUCCUUGCACCUGCCAUUGUUCUGCUCAACAAGAUGAGGUCCCUAAUGUGUUCCCACCCAGCCCCACUUAGUUCUGAGGGUCAGACCAUAGCAUCGUUCAUGCAAGCAGCUCUUACUGAGUUUUCCCUUGGAGCACAGCGGAAAGCUUUCCCCGUGUCUGGCUCGUGUCGCCUUAUGUUUCAGGCAUGGACCUUUCUCACCUGUUAAUGAGUGCAAAGGCAUGUUGGGAAAGGGAUGUUGGAGAGGAAGAGAUGGGUUUGAGAAGUCAGGAGAACAAAUUAGAUGCCAGAGUCCUUCCCCUUCCCCCUUCUCUCUCUCCCUCCCUCCCUCCCUCCCUCCCUCCCUCCUCUCUCCCUCCCUCUCUCCCUCUCUCCCUCCCCCUUUCUCCUCUCCCUCUCCCACUCCCUCCCUCCCUCUCUCCCUCCCCCCAAAUCCUUAAUAGAGGUAGGUUAAUGAGGAAGCAAGGACAGGGAGAUGGGGUUUAGGUAUAGGAAACAGACAGUGUCAUCUUUGGCACAAGACUAAUGGCUUUCUGUAGAAUCUUUUGGUUUCAGCAACCUGUCUUAAUUCACUUAAGAGCUCAAGAAGGAAGGUGUAACUUCACUCUGUGUAGCUUUUGACUUGGAGGCCAUCCAGUGCCAGACUGGAAGUAAGCAGCCGCCCUCUCCUGUUCACGCUUUCCAGACCAUCUUCACCGUUGCCCUGUUGUGGGAGGCAGGCGUGACAGUAAAAGUGGCCUGGGCUUUCUUGUUUAGUUCAUUCUUGGCUUUUCUGGAAAUUAGGAAGUAGGCACCAAGACCCAGGACAGUGUUACUUCUGCAUGAUGUGUGGUGAAUCCCUCUGCUGGCUUACACAGUGAUGUGAGAUACCAGUCAAUGGAAACUGCCGAGGUGGGACAGCGUGGAACCAGGAGCCAUCUCUCUCCUUCCCAGGCGCAGUGCUUCAGGGGACCUCUGUCACUAGGUCCUCAAGAUACCUUUGUCCCUGGAGCAGGGACUAACUGUAGCACAAGAUAGUAUGUGCCAAUGCUGUUUGUGAAAUGUAUGGUCUUUCUAAAUGAUUAAAGGAAUCUUUUUUGUUGUUGUUGUUUGCUUUUUUUUUUUUCUUUUUGCGAACCAAAUCUUAGAGCCAGCUGAGACUGUUCAAUAAUUUGGAGGGUAGAAUAAUGAUGUACCAGUAAAUGUAAGUUCCUCCUUAUGACAUGCUACAUGAUGGAAGAUGUAAAAUAUUACCUCCCCCUCUUCUCUUGACUUGGUAUUUUACUGCAUGUUUCCUUCAUUUUUAAUCAAUAAAGAUAAAAGAAUAAAUUGUCCUUA